AUGGGAGGAAUGGUAGAGGAAGGACUCAAAUCAAGCAAGAUCAUGAGUUACUCUGCCAUCAAAGCAACUACACAAGCGAUCCAGAAUGGCAUCGGGGGCAUGUUAGGGAAAAAGAAGAAAGAAGAUGUUGCUAUGGUCAUCUCAGGAUCGUGGCAUGGCCCAAGGGAAAAGUGUUGGCAUUUGAAGAGCGCCAUCCAAGAGCUUAUCGAUACAAACCAAAUUGUGGUCCAGAGCCCGGAAGCUCCAAACAUCAAUCAAAAUCCAUUGCCAGCCCAUGCCAAAACGCACAUGAUUGAGAUAGUGUAUAAGGAUGGAGAGCCCGAGAAGCCUUCGAAGUUUGUCAUGAUGAUCCGUGCCAGUGAAAGUAAUUCAGUCAAAACACCAGUUCUUACAAAUGCAACAUCCUCGACAGCUGAUGGGCUGACGGAUAAGUUAAGCCCACCCAAUGUUAAGCCGCCUGUAUUAGUUGUGAAAGGGUUCCCAGAUGAUGUUGAAGCAAAGCAAGGAAAGCCGAAAGUGGUCGUACCGAGGAUAGCAAGUAAGCCUGUCAUAAUCGUGGAAGGGGCUCGCAUUGACCCUGUUAUUAUUAAAUCUGUGACCCAGCUGCCGAUAAAUAACACCAAGGUUGUUCCAUGGAAUUACAAGCAAGUGAUAGUAACUUAUAAAGGGAAAGAAGUGGAAGAGGAAGUUAAUGAAACCCGGGGGUUGACUCGUUCGGGGAGAUGCUUUACUCCAGAGGAAUUAAGGAAAGCUAAGCCACUCAAAGAUAACCCAAUCCCGGUAAAGAAGCCAGUUACCGAGGAGGAGGCGGAAGAAUUCUUGAGAAAAAUGAAGGUGCAGGAUUACUCCAUCCUGGAACAAUUGAGGAAGACACCCGCUCAAAUUUCUCUUCUAUCACUGUUGAUACAUUCAGACGAGCACCGCCGGGCCCUCAUGAAGAUUUUGAAUGAGGCUCAUGUCCCGGAUAAGAUUACAAUGAACCAUUUGGAGAAGAUUGUCAAAAAGAUAUUCGAGGCAAACAGGAUCACUUUCUCGGAUGACGAGCUGCCUUUGAUGGGUACAGAACACAAUCGAGCUCUUUAUCUCACAGUGAAAUGCGAGGAUUCUUUGGUCUCAAGGGUACUAGUUGAUAAUGGUUCCAGUGCAAAUAUUUGCCCUCUCUCCAUUCUGCAAAAGUUGAAAAUUAAUACUGAAAGGAUCCACAAGAACAGUAUAUGUGUUCGAGGGUUUGACGGAGGGGGAAAAGAUUCUGUUGGCAAUAUCGUGCUCGAAUUGACAAUAGGACCAGUUGAAUGUACUAUGGAGUUCCAGGUGUUAGAUGUGGCCGUUUCUUACAAUUUACUGUUGGACAGUCCCUGGAUACAUGUUGCCAAGGCAGUCACUUCUUCCCUGCACCAGAUGGUAAAGUUCGAGUGGGACGGACAGGAAAUCAUUGUGCAUGGUGAUAAGAACUUAUGUGCUUACAAUGAUACAUACGUCCCGUUUAUUGAAGCCGAAGAUGAUAAAGGGCCUUGGGUCUACCAAACUUUCAAAAUGGUGUCAGUUGAGAAGAUUCCGGAAGGGGAGUGUAUUCCAGGUAUCGUGCAGCCAGUGUCUCUACCUGAAAAUCUGGGUACGUUUGGUCUGGGAUUCAAGCCCACAUGGGACGAGGUGAAAAGGGCUAAAAGGUUGAAGAAGAAGGCAUGGUCACUCCCUAAGCCUAUCCCACGCCUCUCCAGGUCCUUCAUCAAGCCAGGGGUCGUGAAGCACACAGUGUCAGCAGUCCCAAAGCCUGUGGUCGACUUUGAUGAAGAGCUGAUUGAAAGUCAGUCGGCGAGGUAUCGAGUUGGAUCCGUCAAAGAUCAAAGCUAUCCAAGAAUUGCUACCGCCUAA